AUGAGGAAAAUUCAAAAUCUGCUAUACACGUUUUGUAUUGUAUUGUUUUGUCUGUCCUAUGAGAAGUCCAUCAGUGAGACCGUUCAUGUGGGAGAAGAUUUGAACUUUAGCUGUAAAUACCCAGAAUCCCUCAGGAGUAAUCCCAAGUUUCUCUGCAAGAUUGAGCUGCAUGAUUCAGUUUGUUCUCAUAAAAGGAAAUUCUCCCUGUAUGAUGACAGAGAAAGACGAAUCUUGAGUGUGAGUAUUAGAAAUGUAACUGAGCGAGACUCUGGUGAAUACUGGUGUGGAGCUGAAGCAGCCUGGGAAUCUGAUAAUGGAUACAAGGUUUAUUUCACACAGAUCAACCUGACAGUUGACCCACAUGUUCCUGUUUCAACCUGGGAACCAAUACAGCCUUCAUCAUCAUCAUCAUCAUCAUCUUCAUCAUCAUUUGAGCUUAUAUCAGCUUCUCCUCCAGCAGGAUUUCAAGCUUCCACUGUGAUCCCUGUGUCUGUAACUCUGGCAUUGCUUUUAAUUGGAGUCAUAUUCCUCAUUGUGGUUUUACAGAAGAGACGCAGGAUGCAAGCAGGAACUUCUUUUACUGGUGGAUGUACUGGCCAAGAUGCAGGAAUUAAGCCAGAGGGAACUUCCGCAGAUUACUGCAACAUGCUACCCACAAUCCUUUCUGAACCUUCUCAAAGCAUUUAUGCCAACGUAAUGUAGUUGAAUUAAGCAUUCAUCUUUGUAUUUUCCCAUUUUAAAUAUUUAUAUGUAUGUAAUGUAUGUAUGGAGUAUGUUAUACGUUGUAUGUGACUAUGGUAUGUAAACCAUUGCAAGAAAUAAAACAUGUAUUUUCUCUUUGGUAUGUAUGGAAAUGUGUGUAAGAUUACACUCUUAAAUAGUUUCUUUACAAAAAAGUAUUGCUAAAAGAAAGAGAUAAGUAAAGACAUUUCACGUAUACUACCAGCAAACUGUGAAAAUUAGCUUGAAACUCCCACUUCACUUUUCACUUCACUUUUUUUGUUUACAUGAUUAUCAUCUUACUUUCUCUUAUAGUGACCACACUCAUUAUAACUGAUCUGUGUCUUAUAUCAGACGUCCUCAUGCUUUCUGUUUCACUAGAAAGAGAAAAAGUAAUUCUGUCAUUUUU